GAAUUUUCAUCCCAGUGUUUCGGUGCAUUUCUCAGGAAGAUGAGAAUAACAACCAAUCUUAGCUGCUACUAUUUUUCAUCUGUUCUACUUUUAUUAUGUUUUCACCCGACGAAAGCGGCCAGGAAAAAUGCCAAAUCCCAGUUCACCAUCGAAUACUUAACGCAGAGGAAGUUUCCCUACGCCAUAUCAGAUGACAUUUACUUAGACCCUUGCAAAGCUUCUGAAUUUUUAGGAGACAUCGCCGUGCCCAAUGUAAAUUACGAAAUCCAACUAGAUCUGCAAGCAAGCAAGCAUAAGAACAAAACUUUGCAUGACGAAAUUGAAAAGUACAAGAAAGAGGUGCUGUUCGAGGGGCUCCAGGUUGAGGAGGAAGGUCUGACGUUCGUUCAGCGGCAAAAAGAGAGACAUCUGCAGCAAAGACUGAGAGACAUGUUCGGCACAACUUCGACGCGUUCGCCUAUGACGAGGAUGGAGCCCGCUCCAUACGUAAAGGAAACCAUAAUGGAUUACAAUGAGACGAGUUACAGCGUGGAGGACGGUAAACUAACAAGGCGGAUCAGAGCAACCCGGAAGAAUUCUAAAGAUCCUAAGGAUUUCCGGAGAAUAAUUAGGAAAAUGAGACGCCAAGCAAAGCUCCGUCACAAGUCCAAAGGAGUAUUCCAGCGCGGGAAGAGAACGAGGAAACUGGAUGGGAAACGAGAGACAUGGGAAAAAUUGAAGAAGGCGAGGGAGAUCCCAGAAUCGCCGGCACUGGAGGCGGAGAUGAUGGAGGAAGGACACUUGGCGGCGGAGCUGGAGAUGGGCGGCGGGGCGCGGCACCGGCACACGCGGGCGGCGACGGCGAAAAAGGAGCGGAUCUGGGACUUCGGGGUCAUCCCUUACGAGAUCGACGGGAACUUCAGCGGAGUGCACAAGGCUCUCUUCAAACAAGCCAUGCGUCAUUGGGAGAACUUCACCUGCGUCAAAUUCGUCGAACGGAACCCCGUCGAGCAUCCCAACUACAUCCUCUUCACUGAACGUCCUUGUGGAUGCUGCUCGUAUGUCGGCAAGAAACCAGGAACCGGUGCCCAAGCUAUCUCUAUAGGGAAAAACUGUGAUAAAUUUGGAAUUGUUGUGCACGAAUUAGGUCACGUGGUUGGAUUUUGGCAUGAGCACACUCGACCCGAUCGGGACAGCAACGUACUUAUAAUACGUGAUAAUAUCAUACCAGGGCAGGAGUACAACUUUUUUAAGCUGACAGGCGAUGAAGUCAACUCGUUGGGGCUUCCUUAUGAUUACGACUCCAUCAUGCACUAUGCAAGAAACACCUUCUCCAAGGGAAAUUAUCUCGACACUAUUCAACCGAUGGACAGCAGUCAAGGAUUUAAAAAAAGGCCCGAAAUUGGUCAAAGGAUACGACUGAGCGAGGGUGACAUAGCACAGACGAACUUGCUGUACAAAUGUCAAAGCUGCGGGCGAACUUUACAGGAAAACACAGGGAACUUAUCGUCGCCGAACUACCCGCGGCCGGCUGAAGACGUGGGCUCCGGAGCAAUCCCAGAGCGCUGCGAGUGGCGAAUAACUGCAACGCACGGGGAGAGGAUAAUUUUGAACAUUACGGACCUGGACAUCUUCAAGUCCGAGUCUUGUCGGAGCGACUACCUGGAGAUUCGAGACGGAUACUGGCACAAAUCCCCGGUCCUCGGUAGAUUUUGCGGGAGUGGAAGAAUUCACGGGCCAAUAAAAUCAAACAGCAGUAGAAUGCUCAUUACAUAUGUCACAUCGUCAAAGCAGGCAGAUCACACAGGAUUUGCGGCAACAUAUGAGGCUGUUUGUGGAGGUGACUUGUUCGUUGAUGAUACAGGGCAUUUGGAGUCUCCGCGAUACCCAGAAGAUUACCAGCCUAGUAAGGAAUGCAUCUGGAGACUCACCGCACCACCUGACUUUCAGGUUGCCCUCAAAUUUCAGUCUUUCGAUGUGGAAAAUCACGACAACUGCGUUUACGACUACGUGGAGAUUCGGGACGGACACGAGAGAGAUUCACCGCUGCUUGGCGUGUUUUGCGGCUACAAACUUCCUCCCGAUAUCAUAUCGACCAGCAAUAAGCUCUCCGUCAAGUUCGUUUCAGAUGGAUCAAUUCAAAAGCCAGGCUUCUCCGUUACAUUUCUCAAAGAGUCUGAUGAAUGCACUCAACCGGAUCACGGCUGCGAACAUCAUUGCGUGAAUACUUUAGGGGGAUACGAAUGCUCCUGCAUGAUCGGUUAUGAAUUGCACUCUGACAAUAAACACUGCGAUGACGCUUGCGGGGGCGUGUUGGAGGCGCAGAACGGGACGAUAACGUCUCCCUCGUUCCCGGAGCUUUACCCGGGGAGCAAGCGGUGCGUGUGGGAGAUCAUGGCCCGGCGACAAUACCGGAUCACCCUCAACUUCACCCACUUCGACCUGGAGGGCAACAACGUCCACCAACAGGAGUGCGAGUACGACAGCGUCGACGUCCGCAGCAUCCUGGCCAACGGCGAGACGUUCAAGCACGGCAACUACUGCGGCUCCCGCCUCCCCCCGCCCAUCACCUCCGAGACCAACCACCUCCGCAUCGAGUUCACCUCCGACAACUCCGUCCAAAAAACUGGGUUCGCCGCCGUUUUCUUCACAGACAAGGACGAGUGCGCGGUGAACAACGGGGGCUGUCAGCACGAGUGUCGGAACACGGUGGGCUCCUACUCGUGCUCCUGUCACAACGGGUUCACACUCCACGAGAACGGGCACGAUUGCAAGGAGGGCGAGUGCAAGUACGAGAUCACCGCCCCGACCGGGAAAAUCACGAGCCCCAACUACCCGGACAACUACCCCAACAAGAAGGACUGCGUCUGGCACUUCACCACCACGCCCGGACACCGCAUCAAACUGGUUUUUGAGGAGUUCGAAGUAGAAUCUCAGCCAGAUUGUUACUACGACCACAUCCAACUAUACGACGGGGAUUCGACAGAUUCGACAACCUUGGGCCGGUUUUGCGGCAACAAAGUUCCGCACCCAAUCGAUGCCUCUACCAAUCAGCUUUACAUGGUUUUCAAGUCCGACUCAACUGCACAUCGCAAGGGUUUUCUCGCCCAUCAUUCCACUGUGUGUGGAGGACAUCUACCAGCAACGAAGGCUGUGAGACAUCUCUACUCCCACGCCAAAUUUGGCGAUCACAACUACGAGAACUGGGCCGAGUGCGAUUGGGUCAUCGAGGCACCGGCAGGAAUGAAAAUCCAGUUCACGUUUCUCACUUUUGCCCUCGAGGACGAAAAAAGCUGCGCGUACGAUUACGUGGAAAUCAUAAGCGGAAUGGAAGCAUCAGGCUCCUCUUACGGCAGGUUCUGCGGUGAUUCGAACCCAACCGACAUUCGGUCAGUCAACGAGGCCUUACUGGUGAGAUUUAAAACAGACGAUACAGGGGUGGACAAAGGUUUCUCUGCAUCAUACGUUGCUGUGGAUCCAAUUACGAGUGAAGAAUACGGAUCAUCUGAAAACGAAAGCAUCUAAGCAGUACUGCCCAUUUUUGAUUUUUAUUACCCUUUCAAGUGUUAUUUCGAAAACGAAAUAAUAAUUCCAUGUAUUAAAAUGUAAAUAACUGUA